AUGGCUCCAGAGAGCCGGGCGGCCUGGAUCCUCGUCGGAAAGGCCCUGCCGUUCUUUAUUGGCGACGCACUCUACAUGCCUCCUGGUCCUGUCCAAGUCGAGGUCAAGGACAUCAACGUGGCCAUUGACUCCUUUGACUGGGUGCUGUAUUUCAUUGGGCCAGCGCUGCCGAAAGACGAAAUUACAUAA